CUGCUGACGUGAUCAUUUUAAUGUUGCUGAGGUUUGAAUUGUAUUAAUGAGUGUUAAGGCACCAAGGGACUUGGAUAGGCAUCUUUAUAUUUAUUUAUAAAUUUAAGUAAAUUAUAUCUACACUAAUGGCUCACAGAUACACCUCUCCACUGUUUCCUGUCUUAGCUAAAAUCUAGGCUGGUCUGACAUCUUCUCAUGGACUUUCAGCCAUCAGCUGAAGCUCAACAUGGCCAAAACAAAGCUCUUAAUCUUUUCCCUCAAGCCUCUAUCCUCCCUUUUUCACUCACGAUGGAUUACGCCACCCAUCCUCUUUGUCACUCAGACCUGUAACUGGGUGUCACCUUGGACUUGGUCCUCUGUCUAAAUCAGCGGUUCUCAACCUGCAGGCUGCAUGCGGCCCAAUUAGGACACAGCUGCGGCCCAGUUCAGCUGUGUGCUAAAGGCCGUGGGUUCCCAUCUGCUGUGCUGUGUGGUGGGCUGUUGGCUGCCACUGGCCCCGCAGAGUGGAGCUUGGGGUCCGAACAGCUGGCUGCCGCCUGGUCCCCCACACAGCAUAUGUGGCUCAUAAUGAUAAAUAGGUUGAGAACCACUGGUCUAGAUACUCACAUCCAAGCUGUAUCUACUGCUUGCUGGUUCUUCCUGAAUAAUGUCUUUAAGAUCCACUGUAUAGAUAAACUUCACCUUAUCUCAUGUCUCAACUACAAGUUCCUCCUCUCUGGUCUUGAGAAACCACUUUUUGUUCCACUUACCUUCAUUCAAAGCAUUGCUGUAAAAAUCAUUUACUUGUUUUGUCACUUUGACCAUUUCCUCCUUCUCUGCAUCCCUCCACUCUCUUCCCCCAUCUCUACCGCAUCAAACACUAUUUGUCUUCCCUUUAAAAGGCCUUCAUGGAUGAGUUUCACUUUUAUCUGUCAUCUCAUAUACACUUUUGAGAUGUGACUGUUGCCUCUAUUCUGCCACUGAUUCCAGCUUUCAUUGCCCAUUUGCUGAAAUUGUCAAUUUUCCAAGAACAACUUUGCACUUUCUACCAUGCUGCCCCUUAUGCCUGGAAAGAGCUCUCUGUAAAAGCCUGCAAAGCCGCCACCUUAUCCUCCUCAAAUCUCCUCUUAAAACUCAUCUUGGCUGUGUUGCCUCCAAAGUGCUUGGCAAUGAUUAGGCAGUUGAUGUACUUGUGACUACUGCUUAUUACACCGAUCAUAAUAAUCUGUUUCCUGGUACUCCCUCUGUUUUGUAUCAGUGUAUUUGCUCUUGCCUCCAUUUAAGCUACCCCUUCCUUGAAUUCAUUUAUUGCACACAGCUAGAGGUGGAGGCUGCCAGAUUGCGUGUUUUUUUAUUUAAAUGCAGCCUCAGGUUUCCUGUUUUGCCUUAUUCUGAGCUCUUUCGCGCAACAGCCUGAUUCAAACUGCUUGCCAUACGCACUCCUCAUCUUGGCAUGGAGGUAAGCAGGGCAGAAACCUCUGUGGCUGAAAUGAGUGAAGAAAUAAUCUAUACUUCUGUACGCUUUUCACGGACACCGCCAGUCUGUGCCAACGACGUCGUGACAAAGAGAGCUCCCUGGCGCUGGUCAUCUGGCCUGUGCAGCUUGGCUGUAGGUGCUGGGAUACUGAGCACCCUCAUGGUGAUUGCAGUGGUAGUAUGCACGGUUUGGAGAAUUGAGAGCUCCUAUCCUGGAUGCCCUCACCAGUGGUUGGGUUACAGGAGCAGCUGUUACUACUUCUCCAAGAUAAAAAAGGAUUGGAAUUCCAGCCAGGCAUCCUGUUCUGCAGAAGGAUCACAUCUCCUGAUGAUCAGUGAUGCCAAGAAAAUGGACCUGUUCUUGGGAAUGCACCUAGAUUCCCACUGGAUUGGUCUGAGGAAGAACAAAGACACUGGCUGGACCUGGGAAGAUGGCUCAAAACUCAACAAUACAAAGGUCAUCUCUAACAGCCCCGUGCAGCACUGUGGCGUCCUGUCGCAGGGUACCCUCCAGGCCUCCAGUUGUGAAGUUCAUUGCCCGUGGAUCUGUGAGAAAUCCCCCAAGUAACAACCUCCUGCGCUUUCCCACAGAAUAGUCUUUACUCACACCCAGCCAAUGGAUCCAGACCGCAGCAGCGCAUCCAGACAUGCCUAAUCCUUGUUCCCAGUGGGGCCAGGCUGGUGAUGCUCCUAGGAGGUUUGUGUCACCAUUGCCCUCUGUUGAAAUGAGUCAGAAUUGCACAGCCAUGUAGGAGACUGAAAUCUGAUUCAUGGACUCUCAGUUCCCUGGGGCUGGAGCUCUGAGGGUGAGUUCUGUGCAGAAAACCUAGAUCCAUUUUCAGUCCUCAUCUUUCAAGGCUGGAAGCAUUGCAGAGACCUGCUGACGUUAUCUUUGUUGUGUUACGAAUUAUACCUAAUUGGUCACGCACACAAACUGCUGCGAAUUAUACCUGAUAGGACACGCACAAGAACUGCUACGAAUUAUACCCGAUAGGUCACGCACAGUUCGAGUCUAGGCUGAGGCACACGAACAAAGUCCACAACUGCAGAGUUCCCAAAGAUACUAAGUUUAUUACGCUCGAGCGUGGUGCCCCCCUGCUAAUCAGGAGGGGACCCCGAAUGCAGGUUAUACAGAGAUUAUAUACCUUUUAGCAAAGCAUGUUGCCCUCAUGCAUCGGAAACCUUAGCCAAUAGACAGACCCUUCCCUUAUCUACCACCUAUCCCUGCUAAGUGCAUCCCCCGUGGUAAACCAUUACUUCAGUUACACAACAUGGUCCUAAAGCAAUGCACCAGUAGCCUUUCUUAUCAGGAUGGGAGGCUCGCAUCAAGGCCAGGAGGCCGGGAGUUAGGAACAGACAAAGAACAGAAACCGGGAGUCGAGACAGGCUGGAAACAAGGGGGGGGGGGGGUUUAAAGGAAUGCAGUAUCUAAGGAACGCUCCUCCUGGUGCAUGAUGUGUUUGCUUUUAGACAAUGGUGGGCCCCAAACCAAAAUGAAGUCACAUAUGCUAACUUUUCCUUAACAGUUGCCGUGGAAAGUUUUGAGUGUGAUUCCGAGUCUUAGUUUUUCUCACUCUGCCCCAGUGCGUAGGUCAUUAGUGUGACAGGCUGGGCCCAGUGACCCCUUAGGGUUACACUUCUGUGUUGCUGAUCAGAUGACAGACUUUAUUUUCAGUCCAGGUUUCUCAUUUCUUUGGCACCAGGAAUGCUGCAGAAACUGGGCCUUCUGCCCCUACUGAAUUGUUCUCUACUUGCUGUACAGUAAACUAGCUUCCAUUGCACUCCCAAAAUCUGUGUCUCAUUUGUGCCCAAGACUAGGAGUGCUGUGAAAGGAACAGAGGAAGGUGAAAUGAGAAUGUGUCAACCCAGAAAUAAAAGUAAACUUCUAACUCCAAUAUUUGAGGCGAUGCGUCAGAGGGGGCAUGCAGGAUCAAGUGCCCCUGCAGUAGCUGCCCGGGAGGGGAGCGGGGCAGGGCCAGAGCUGUAGCAGAAGGGGCUGGACUAGAGCCUCUUCCGGUGAUGCUGGGAUGUUGCCCGGUGCAGCACAGCAGCUCCUGGAAGAGUGCCUAGCUGCAGCGGUGUUGGGCUGCUCCCCACCCAGGCUUGGCUUCCGGGGACAGCAGCCGAGUGAGCUGGAGCCCCCCAGCCGUGAGCAUAUUCGACCACUGUCCCCGGAAGCCAAGCCCGGGGAAGGAAGCGAGCAGGGAGCACGGGGGCCCCUGGCUGGGGGAGGGGAGGAAAAACUUGGGGAGGUCACGUGUCCUCCCCUUUAGCUUGUGCCCCCUAGUGUGGGGAGGCACUAAUCUAUGUCCAAUAGUGUAAUGACCCAGCUAGUCUGUGUCUGUAUCACCACUGUCCUCUUUUGGAGCAAAUCAGAACUGUUCAGCAAUGGAUGAGAUUUGGAAGGAUUUGACUUUUAUCGGUAAAUGUUGGUAAACGUUGAUUUCACUGUACACACAAACUGAUGAAAAAAAUAUUUCCAUUGAUAAUCAAAAUUUAUAGAGAGGCAAAGUAAGCUAAAUGCUACUUGAGAACUUAUUAGAGUUUGAUUUACGGUUAUUUACUUUGUGUAUUUUGACUUGUGAUGUUGACAAUUUGUGUUUUAAUGGUUAUACAGCUUUAACUUUUUGAAUUUCAACAUCUACUGUCAUUAAAUAUUGCCUGACUCCUCCAUAAUUUGCCACAACUAUAACAUUUAAAUAGAUAAAAGUUUAAAAUAAUAUUUAACAUCAAUAUUAGCCAUUGAAAUUGUAAAAGAAUAAAAAUCAAAUUCUGCCAGGCCUAAUUACAGGCCUCCUUUAGCUUGAGUGGUUCAGGCCUGUACUUCUGGGAUAGUUAUUUAAUAAUCGCAUGUAUUAUGGUAGUGCCUUGGGACCAACUACAAAUGGGCCCCCAUUAUGCUCACCGCUGGACAAACACAGAGUAAUAGAUGGUCCCGGCCCUGAUGAGCUUACAGUCUAAGUGGGCAAGACAGAAACAGGGCAGAGAAGGAAUAGAACACACAAGCAGAGCGAGCAGUGGGGUGGCAGCAAAUGGCAUGGUAGUGCCAUGAUUUUUUUUUGAGUGAUGUGGGGUGUUGCUUGGGAGGGGAUCACUUACAUGGAAAAAGAAGGGGAGACAUGGCAGCACUUGAGUAUUUCUGGAAUGCUGUGGAACAGCAUUACUGAUGGGCACAACUUGGAGGGGGGGUGCCCCACCCCCCUUGGCUGGCUCUGAGCAGAGACUCAGCAGCAGCUGUCAUUUCCCCUCUUGGCCAUGCCCAAGACAGCAUAGCAGAGUGGCCCUCCGGCGGGAGACCCAUCACUUGCACAGGAGGUAAUGCAGUGGGGACCUGGGCUUGGCACACCCUAUUUGCCUAGUGGAAGGGACAUGCUGCGUCUGGGCACCCGUGCCAGGGCAAGGCAUAGCCUGGAGAGCAAGGGGGAGGUACCAUGCAGUUCCCUGGGCCCUCAGCACCUCUGCUUCCCAACAUCCAGGCUGCAGUCCUCCUCCCCUCUGCUGCCUCGCCUGGAGCAGGGAACUUGGGGAAGUGCCAGGGCCUUCCCCCCCACACACCCACAGUGCCAGAACACUGGCAGGGGCUCCCCUGUUGGGUGGGGAUGCGAGUGCUCCUCCGCUGCUGUCUGGGUGUGGCCAGGAGGGAGGUGGUGGUUGCUGGGUUUGCUCAGAGCCAGCCAGAGAAGAAGAGGCCUAGGCCCCACUUUGUUGCACCCCUAUCCCUCCCUCCCCUAUGGUCAGGGCCGCUGGCACCCCCUUCUUCCUCCCAAGAUGUGGGGUGGAGCUGUUAUGCUCCUGUACCAGAUGUUGGCUGGCUACAGAGCUUGGUUAUACACACCAGAUGUG